UUCAGACAAGUAGGCGCGGAGAUAUUGCGCAUGCGCAGGCUCUACUGCACGACGCGCUAGUCCACACGGAAGGUGACCGCGGCGUGGGUUUGACGUGACGUGAGUGGCUUCUGUUUGCUCCGCUCCCUAGCUGUCACGUGGGCAAAUAAGUUAAAAAGAAUGACUCAGGGAGACAUGGCCAAACCUCUUUUGAGAACCUCUUCAGAAGGUGUACCAAGUUUUACUUCCACAAGCAAAAUGGCUAUAGGUAUACUGGGAAGUGGAGACUUUGCUCGAUCUUUAGCAACCAGACUGAUUUGUUCAGGAUUUAAAGUUGUGGUUGGAAGCAGAAACCCAAAACGAAAUGCUGGACUUUUCCCUCAAGCAGCUGAAGUAACUACACAACUGAAUGCUGUCAACCAGACUGAGUUAAUCUUUAUAGCUGUCUUCAAGGAGCAUUAUUUUACACUCUUGGAACUAAAAUCUAUUCUUGCUGGAAAAGUACUAGUAGAUGUAAGUAACAGCACUGACCUGAAACAUCAGACGGAAUCCAAUGCAGAGUACUUGGCAUCGCUCUUCCCAGAUUCCAUUGUUGUGAAGGGGUUUAAUGUUAUUUCUGCCUGGGCUCUGCAGUCUGGUCCCAGAGAUGGAAAUAAGCAGGUGUUCAUCUGCAGUGACAACAGAGAUGCCAGUGCUAAAGUCUGUCAAAUUGCUCGUACUAUGGGAUUCAUCCCAGUUGAUAUGGGUUCCUUGUCAUGUGCCCGUGAUAUAGAAUCCUUCCCUUUGCGCCUUUUUCCUAGCUGGAAAAAACCAUUUUUGGUUUCAUUUGGUCUUUUUAUUUUCUUUUACUUCUAUAACUUUAUCAUAUCUGUUUUGCAUCCAUAUCUAACCAAAAAUCAAAAUGCUUUUUACAAAAUGCCAAUUGAACUUAUGAAUGUCACACUGCCUUGUGUAGCCUAUGUCUUGCUUUCCCUUGUUUACCUACCAGGAAUAUUAGCAGCAUUUCUUCAGCUGAAGAACAACACUAAGUAUAAACGUUUCCCUGACUGGCUGGAUCAGUGGCUCAAACACAGAAAGCAACUUGGUCUUCUGAGUUUUUAUGCAGCAGUCUUGCAUGCUGUUUAUAGCCUGUGCCUCCCAAUGCGUAGAUCAGCUCGCUACGAGCUAUUAAACGAUGCAUAUAAACAGGUACAAGCUGGCAAAGAAAAUGCCUGGGUAGAAGAAGAGGUCUGGAGAAUGGAGUUGUAUGUCUCCUGUGGAAUUAUGGCACUUGGUAUGCUGUCACUGCUUGCAAUCAGCUCUUUGCCAUCUGUGGGAAGUGCCCUUAGCUGGAGAGAAUUUAGUUUUAUUCAGUCAAGACUUGGAUAUGUUGCCCUUAUGACUGCUACACUACAUACUUUGUUAUAUGGAUGGAAGAGAGCAUUUGAUAAAAAUCGAUAUAAAUUUUACCUGCCACCUACCUUCACCCUGACUCUUGUAAUACCUUGCAUAGUUCUGCUUUCUAAAUUGUGCCUUCUUCUGCCCUGUGUAAAUCGAAGACUAAUGCAAAUUCAAAGAGGCUGGGAAAAGAAGGCUGGAUCACAGGUACUGGAAGGACUAGGAUGCUUCACUGAUAGUUUGCCCUGUGAGAGCAUCAGUAAUGUGUGACCGUAAGUAGCUGUGCAGAUUGUCUGUCUGUUAGUUUUCAGUAUCAUUACAUUUGUGGCUACUACUUUUACCCUGAGAGUUUUGUGGUGGAUGGUUACACUUUGUUAUGUGUAGGUCUCAAGCAUACAGCACUUAUUGUAUUUUUUGUAAAGAACUUUUUACUCUAGAAAUGUAUUAAACCUUAGCUACUCCCCUGUAUCAGAUCUAAGGCUUUGAGAUUAUUUUACCAUCUUUUGCCUAUAUAAAAAGUACAAAAAGUGCUGUCAUCCAAUAUAGCCACAUCCGCAGGAUGGUGUAAAAUGCCAGACUUUAUAGUACAUCUUAUAGAAUAGUUUUACAUGCUCAGAGCAAUAAAAAUAUAGUUGUGUUGCUCUUGUGAAAUUCUGAAAUACAGAACUCCUAUGAAUCCUGUUUUCAAGUUUAUCUUGAACUUUACUUUAUGUACAUUGAUACUGUACAUAUAAACACUGAAUCUGGGAAUGAGAAACAUUUAUUUUUUCAUGACACUUGAAUCAAAUUAUGUGUAAAAUAUAAUCUGUUAUAUUUUUAUAUCACACAAUUGUGAGCACAAUCAGUAGAUGAAGAAUAGAAUAUUUAUAUAAUUUUAUGCAGAUUUAUGAUGUUACCUCUUUGGUCGUAUAUGAGUUGUAUUUCUAAAGAAUCAACAUAUUAUAUUUUGAAAUUGCUAACUUUUAUUGUGAGUCAUCAAUCUUUUAUGUUUAGGAAAAAUAUAUUUUGACUGUUUUAUCUAUGAAUGCUACUUACUCAGCAAAAUGAUGGUGGGUAAUAUUCCAGAACAUUCUGCCUUGUGGUUCAGAGGUUACCAUACAUGACAGACAUAACUAGCUAUAUAUUAACAACUGUUUACAUACAUUCAUUAUGCAGUACUAGAGUGUCAACUGUCCAAAAAAGAUACUGCACUGUAAAAAAAAAAUUCUGUAAAAAAACGGUAAUCUACUGGCAGCUGUGGUUGCCAGCAUUGCACUGUUAAAAUACAGUGGGAUACUGUUAUUAAAAUUAACAGCAAGAUGCUGUUUUUUUAGCUACAGCAUACAGAUGUUAUUUAGCAGUAUAUAGCUGUUAAUUUACAUUGUAAUCACAACCCAAUUAUUCUAAAUUGCAAAUGCUAUUAUACCCAGCAUUUUAUAUUUGUGUAAAACAAAAUAAAUAAGGCCAACUUAUUGUUUUAGUCCUUCUUUAUUUCAAUUUAACAUUAUAUUAAUUGUUUGUUGUGCCAAAAAAAUGUGAAAAAUGCAAGCCAUCAUAUUUUCGAGUGCAUAAAUUAUGGUGCAACAAAUAAGCACCCAUAACAUGGAGAAAUACAAAGAUUGCUUAAGAAAACAAACACAAUUUCGAAAUGCCUCAACUUGACAUUAAAUAAUAAACAAGCUUCAAAUCAAGCUUCAGGGACAAAAAAAAAACAAUAUAUAUAAGUAAAAUAAAUCAACAAAAGGCUUUAUCAAACACCAGUCCUUUCUUGAUAUAAAAAGUAGAAUACAAAAAAAUAUAUAACAGUAUAUACAAACCACUGUAAAACAAAAAACAUUUUAAAUAAAGUGCCACUCAAAGCCCAUCAAUGUUUUUAAAAGAUUUGACACUUUCAGAUUGACUGUCAUGGUCUUCUUUUGAACAGUUUUCCCAGUCUUUUUAGAUGUCACUUUUCCUUUUGCAGCCUUGGUUCCUUUUUACGGAUUUAUUCCAACAAAUCGUCUGAAAAAUAAUAAGGGAAGACUUUCUGUGAUCAAUGUCUUAAAACUUUAAUAAUAAAACAAGAUUUAAAAGAUUUACACAGUAGUGUAACAACUUGUUAUUUAAUACAUUAGCUAAUGUUAUGAAGUGUUACCAAACUUACAGCUUAAACCUUUAAAGAUCCAGAAACUUUAACUUUACUUUUUAAAAAUACUAUUAUUACCAUAUUAUUGAAAGACAAAAGUAAAUUUUCCUUUGAAGGAAUUCCAGUGUGGAUGCUGCUUCCUCUUGAUAUUGCAGGUUGAAGAUGUAAUACAGUGAAAACAAAGCAGCAAGUCCAGUGAGAAAGGUUGGUUGCACACCCUCGCAGAUUAUUCUGCCCUCCAAGCUGAUCAUCCAUUGUUUCAUCCACUGCCCUUGAGUAUCACUUGGACCUUAAAGGAGUGUACAGAUUAUGUUAUAAACUAUUAUCCUUGGAGAGCUAACAUAGAAAAGGCAGUGAGAAUAUUAUGCAAGCCCUGACAAAAUCAUAUAAUUUUCAUAUCUUCCAAGACAACAAACCUUGCAGUUUCAAUAUUUUAGCCAACAAGCCACUAAGGUUAUGAUAUGCAAACUAAACAGCACAAACUCGUUCAGGCAUCACAUAAAAUAUUUUCUUCAGUUUAAAAAAGUACACUUUAAUCAAACUUUUUUUAUACAGUGGCCAGAAUGAGGCACAUAAAGCUGGAUGUUCUCCUAAUGGUAAAAAGUUGUGCCAGCCAGCCUAGAGUGUGAUCCUUGUUUAGUGAACAUGCAGACAUGUCAUAUUUCAUAUACUUACCAAGCAGGAUCAAUCGAGGAGUCACAGGUAGGUUACCAGUCUUCUCAAGGUCAGCAGGAGUGGCAGACAUCUAUUGUUAAAGAUAAGAAUUAGAAAUUAACAUCCCCAAAAAACAUAUGUGCUAAUAAUAUUCGACAAUGUACCUAUUAAAACAAGAAUAGCUUAUCCAAAUAUAUACUUCUUAACUUUUAUUUACCUUUUUGUUAAUAUUGACACAAAAUACAUAUUUUCAACAUUUAAUAUCUGUUUGUCUAUACAGUGCACAGAAUAACAGUCAAAAUGGAAGACUUCUAGAUGCACAGUAAAAAAAAAAAAAAAAGAUUCUUUUGGUUGUUCACUCAGUUAUAUGGAAUUAGAUUGCUUUAAGACAAUAAAUUAUCAAAGCCCUAUAUAUUAACUUAAUGGUGCCUUUGUAGUUUCAAGGUAACCAUUUUCUUGCACUGUCUAGACAAACAGACAAUUUCUUUAUUAAAAUAUCCUAAUUUGUAGUCAAACGAGUCCUAUAAGUAUGACAAAACAUAUUUGAUUGAACCAUUCCUACACAUUUGUUCAUAGUAAGAACUAAUAAUAAUGUAUAUAAAGAAAAACUUACAUUUUCUUGAAGAAUAAGCCCAUCUUGAUUCUCUGCAAAGUGAGCCAUUAGGAGUUGAACAGUGAGAUGGGCUGAAUCAAUGGCUUCCUCCUUGGAAAGAACUGCCAUAACUUCUGAGUUAGUUGGCCUGGUUUUAAAAAACUCUACAAUGCUCCUCCCACACUCUUCGACAGAAAGUUGCAGAUUUUGAGUCAAAUGAACAGUUUGAAUAAAAGUGAACUCUUACCUGUUAGCAACAAAGUGGCAGUUUUAAUGUAGUAUGGAAGUUGCGCAGCUCCGUGUCGCGCCAGAUUUUUGAAUUUCAAACACGUUGUUUUCUGUGUGUAGCCACCCAGCUACGACGACGGUCUCUGUUUUAAUUGAUCCGUUACCCACAUGUUUUUAUAACGUUAUUUUUAGAAAUACUUUGCAUGACUUUUACUAAUUAUUGCUUUGUCUGAUUAAAACAUUAUAAAAAACUCCACUGUAAUAUUUUUAUACAUAUGACAAACAUAGAUAAAGGUGCAAACUACCUCGUGGUGAUAAUACACGUCACACAAAUCGAAAAAUAUGAUAUAAUACCGUUAAAUAACAGUGACAUACUGUUGUUGUUCGACCACUAACCUGAAGUGAACAAGUCUUCUCACAAUGCACUGUAAAAAACGGCAACCUACUAAUAUUUCAUGAAAACAGCAUUUUGCUGUUAAAUUUCUAUGUAAAUUUACAGAAUUUUUUUACAGUGUGUGCACAUUAAGAGUCAGCAUUGGAAAUUGUUUUAUCCAAUAAAUGUUUGUUUGAAUGCCCCAGUAAACUCAUUUUUUCUGGUUUGUACACCAUGCUUUAUCACUGCUGUAGUCUGCAUGAUAUUGUAAAUAAGCCUGUGUUUUUAAUAAAAUCAGGAGUUUGAUUUGAUUUGA